AUGGGAAGAAUUGAUAUGGAACUCGAACUCACCGGCCUAGCCACUCUGGCUUCUAAGCUCAACCUCGACUGUCCGGAGUCUUUCGAGAAUCCAAGAAGCAUUGCUCGCUAUCAAGAAUACCCUUUUGCUCGCUUUAACCACGACGAGGAUCAGCCUGAUGUCAUUGACAAGAACAGUGUCGAGUAUCGUGUACGCCUCGCUAAGGUCAUUCGCGCUCUCGACAAUGCCUACGAAAAGACUUACACGAAGUACCAAGCCCGCAAGGCUGACUACAUUGCAGAGCUGGAGGCAGACGAACAGCGAAUGUGGAACCGUUAUAUUCUCGACCCAGCCUACAAGAAGUCGCCCAUCGAGGGUACGAAGAUCACCGGCUUUGACCGCAUCAGCUUUCAUGAUACAUUUGUCAAGGAAACCCCCGACUACAGUGACCUGCAGGAUCUGCAGUGUCAGGUGUACUACAUUGGAAGGCUGCUCCGCAUUGGGCGCAUGGAGAAGGCUCGGCUGGAUGGUUCUGACUCUUUUGUUUAUCUUCGUAACGAGUGGGCGAAUAUGGCUGGUAAUAAGUUUGACGAUGUCUCUGUUGACAGUAACCUUGACGAUGGCUCUCAAGCUUGGUCUCGUUCUACUUUCCACAACGCCAUUUAUGAUUAG